UACUUUUGUACGGAAAUGGUACUGAAAAAUAUAGUACGGAGAAUGCCCCCCAAGAAGAGAGCGCAGACGAGCCCUGCCGGAGACGCCAGCAAGAGGUCUAAGCAGGGAAGCAGUCCGUCUCAGCGGCAAGAAGGAUCCUCAUUGGACAGCCUGACGAUGGAGUCUGAAGUCGUGACGGUCAAGGAGGAGCUCUCGGGUCCCGAAACCAACAACCUGAGUAGCAGCACUUCCAGUCCCAAGUUCUGGUGCCGGGACUGCGGCGACGAUGCCGCGGAGGACUGCAUGGACUCGGCCCACUCCGUGUGCUCCCUCCGCCAGCGUCGCACAGAACAGGCCGCCCCCAAACUGCAGCGUCUGGACAAGGUGGCGACGUCGGCGCGCGAGGUGGUGAAGGCCCUGCUGGACGUCAAGGGCGUGCUGGAGGCCCAGCUGGAGCAGUGGCGCGGCAGGCUGCGGCACGUCGAGGAGGCCAGGAAGGAGCUGUGGGAGGCGGCCGUGGAUUGCCGGGACCUGGAGGAACCUACACUGGAGGAGGGCCUGGAACAGCUGCUGCAGGACGCCACCACUCUCCUCCAGGCCAAGUGUCAGCUGCAGCUGCAGGUGGACUCGCCCUGCUCCACCUGGAAGGGCCAACUGCAGGUGGCGGCUCCAGGCUCCAGACGCAGUUUGCUUUGCCCACUGGUGCUGCAGAUGCACCAGGAGUGGAGCCUCACCAAGGUCUUCCGUCCCGAAGAGUGUAUGCAUUUGGGGAAACUCAGCAAACAAAAGGAGCACACCCAAGAGCUGGACGAAGCCCUGCAGAACCCAAGCCUGGACAAGGUGAAGAAUCUGCUUGGUCUGGACUGCUGCGAGCAGCCGAACUGGAGUACAGUGCUGCUGAAGCGCGUUGCCCCGCGCGUCGAGUGGCUCUCGCUUGAGGACGCCGUUCGGGAACACCUUGAUGUGAUCAGGGACAUGCCAGCGCUGCGCUGCUUAUACGUCCAUCUGAAGAAGUCUGUCAAGAACGCCCCAGACCUGCCGCUUCAACUGCAGGAACUGGAGGUGCGGAACGUUUCAGAGGAACACCUCCAGUCCGUGCAGCGAAUGCCCAGGCUGCGGAAACUCGUCUUGAACUGGUACAGACACGGUGCGCUCGACGUGGCGUUUCCCCCUCUGCCCGCGGGUCAUUGCGGCCUGCAGUGGCUCGGUGUGUACCUUAAGCCUGCCUCCACCGUCCUGUCUCUGGCCAAGGCCCACGCCGCCACACUGCAGGAGCUGCGGAUCCUGUGCGCCUCGGAGGGAGACGGUCCGUGGCACUUCAAGGACCUGGCCGAGGGGCUGCGCCAGUGCGGGCUGGUGGCGCUGCGGCGCGUUGUGCUGAUGCGUGGACCCGCUCCAGGCUACCCUGCCGAGAAGCUCCCCCACGCGGCAGAGUCGUGCCAACGGCAGAAGAAGUCCAUCUGGGACAAACUGUUGGCGACGGACUCGGAGAAGCCAGUCAGGGUAGUGAAGGUCAUGUGCCAGGAGUGUGACAAGUGCCCCACAUUUCCGCCUCUGGGAGACUUCACCUGGAAAGACGAUUUAAACCCCACCUCGAUACCUUACAUUGGCAACUGUGCUUUGUGCGCAAGUGCAUUUGACAGUACCUCACGAUGA